CGCGACCGGUUGUUCGGCAAACAGGCAAAAUGGCAGUUUGCAGCAGCUUGCUCAUUAUUCUACGAUUACUACUCAUUGACGCGGCAUUAACGGUACCAGGAACAUGGAUAAACGUUGGUGUACAACACUUUCCGCAACUUGAAACCGCCAAAAUGAUAGAAACGUACGAUAUAGCUGCCUCAAGUAUUUGUCACGGAUUGAAAGGCCUUUCACAGGGCCAAGGAAAACUGUGCCAGCUGUCUGUUGAUCACAUGCCCAGUGUGGCAAAAGGUGCAAAAUUUGGAAUUAUCGAGUGUCAACACCAAUUCCGCGAUCGAAGAUGGAAUUGUUCCACUGUCGCUGAUGAGUCUGUAUUUGGAUCUAUGCUCAGAAUAGCAAGUCGAGAAACUGCAUUCGUCCAUGCAAUCACGGCUGCAGGAGUGGUGUACUCAAUUAGCCGAUCCUGUAGAGAUGGACAAUUAUCUUCGUGUGGCUGCUCAAGAAGCAAUAGACCCAGAGAUCUGAAACGAGACUGGAUUUGGGGUGGCUGUGGAGACAACCUUGAAUACGGUUAUAAAUUUACACAGGCAUUCGUCGAUGUAAAAGAACGCGAACGCAGCUUUAAGAGAGGUAGUAGAGAACAAGGCAGAAGUUUGAUGAACCUUCAUAAUAAUGAAGCCGGUCGCAGGGCUGUUAUUAAACGGUCCAAAGUGACGUGCAAGUGCCACGGAGUUUCCGGAAGUUGUAGCUUAAUUACUUGCUGGCAGCAACUGGCAUCCUUUCGAGAAAUUGGAGAUUUUCUCUUAGAUAAAUAUGAUGGGGCAACAGAGGUCAGAGUAAAUAGACGUGGUCGUCUAUCCAUGCGAGAUCCAAGAUUUUCGUUGCCAACAGCAAAUGAUUUGGUUUAUUUGGAUGAUUCUCCAAAUUAUUGUCUUCCCAAUGAAACGCUUGGAUCAUUAGGUACACAUGGAAGAAUUUGCAACAGGACAUCAUCCGGCAUGGAUGGAUGCAAUCUUCUCUGCUGUGGUAGAGGUUAUAACACACAAAAAUCAACCAUUAGAGAAAGAUGCGAGUGCAAAUUUCAUUGGUGUUGCUACGUUGAAUGCAAAACUUGCGUUAAAAGUAUAGACAUUCAUACUUGCAAAUAA